UGCAACCAUGGCGACCAGUGUAUAUACAUAGCCAGAGUGCCAGAAACAGAUGGUUUUGACACAUGAAAACAAUGCAUUCAGAAUUCAGAUUGUCGCUAAAAACGUUAUCAUCAAUAACUAACGAUUUUGAACUGCACUGUCCAUAAUAUAGUCUCUGUGAAAUACAAUGACAUCAACUUCUGUAAGAAAUGGUCAAACCAUACUCGAAUUGGCUAUGUCUUCAAAAAAUGUUGCAUCUGACAUGGUACCAGUAGAGAGAACUUUAUUAGUAAUUGGAAGUAAAAAUGCGGGGAAAACUUCAUUAAUACAUUCAUUUUUUGAUAAAAAUGAAAAACCAAAACCUACACUGGCCUUGGAAUAUUCUUUCGCAAGAAGAUCUGGAAAAAGUUUAGCAAAGGAUAUUUGCCAUGUUUGGGAAUUGGGCGGUGGUUUAGUUUUCAAAGAUCUAUUGUCCGUGAUCGUACAGAAAACGAGAGGUCGACGUUUAAGCGUUGUGUUAGUAUUAGAUCUAUCGAAGCCGGAUGUUCUUUGGAACACCAUGGAAAUGCUUCUUGAAGAAGUUAAGGUACAUCUAGGAAAUGUACUAGAUGUUGAAGAGUAUAAUCAGAUUAAUGUUAAAAAUAUUGAGGAUAAAAAGUUCAUGUCUCCACUACCCAUACCAUUAAUGAUCGUCGGAAGUAAAUACGAUGUUUAUCAAAAUUUCGAACCUGCUAAAAAACGUGUGUUGUGUCAGUGUUUACGAUAUGUGGCUCACACUUACGGAGCUUCGUUGAUUUUCUAUGGUAUGAACGACACAAUUCUUAUGAAGGUAUCUAAAGAGAUGAUGUCACAUUACGGGUUUGGAACUCCUUAUCCAAAGAACCAUAUUUAUGAUUCAAAUAAAGCACUAUUAGUGCCUGCAGGUUCUGAUUGUUUUGAAAAAAUAGACAAUCUCAAUGAAGCUGGGAGCAUUAGAUCGAUGCAUAAGUAUAAGAACACAUUUACUUCAGCUUUUAAACAGAUUUCAAUAGAAUCAGGCACACACGCACUGAGUACAGACACUGCAGAUCCACUGAAUGACACUAAUUACGCCGAUCCUUUGAUAGACGAAACGUUGAAAAAAAAACAAGAGGUUUGUGAUAAAAAUAUUUCUACGGAGCUAAAGCUGUUUGUGGACAAUUACGAAAAGUUUUUAAACACAGAAAAUACUAAAAACACUUCGCAAUAG